AUGUCCACACAAUACGCCAGUGAACCCAAUCCCACCGCGUCGGCAACGCUUAACACGACCGUCGGCCCUAUUCAGAUUGCGCUCUUCGCGAACCAGGCCCCUCUUACUUGCAAGAACUUCCUCCAGCACUGCAAGGACAACUACUAUGCCGGCACAAUCUUUCACCGAGUGGUCCCAGAUUUUGUGAUCCAGGGCGGUGAUCCCACCGGCACUGGCUCCGGCGGAACCUCCAUUUAUGAAUAUCCGGAAUUCGAAUUCGAUCCUGAAGCUCGGGACCCUACCGAGCGGGUUGUUCUACGCGAUGAGUUACACAGUCGUCUGCGCUUCAACCGACGCGGGUUGCUGGGAAUGGCUAAGAGCGAGGAUGGAACCUACGGCAGUCAAUUUUUUAUCACACUUGCAAACACAGAGCGCGAGUUGAAUGGACAGUGCACAAUUUUCGGAAGAUUGGAAGGCGAUAGCAUCUACAAUGUGCUCAAGAUCGCAGAUGCGGAGCGCAUUGAGGGCACUGAGCGGCCUGUUUACCCGAUCAAGGUGACCUCCUGUGAGGUGGGAGAACUGGGCCCAUUGGAGGGCAAACUAAAAGAUAGAAAGACGACAGCAACAAAUUCCGAGAAGAGCGCACCGAAGAAAAAGAAGAAGGCACCUAAAGGUGGGAAAACACUACUGAGCUUUGGCGACGAUGAAGGGGAUGAGGAGAUGCCCAUGCGUCCCGCAAAGCCCAAGUUCAACACCAAACUAGUCGCAGAUGUGCCAGGUGCACAGCCAGAGGCAUCCAAGCAAGCUGAGGCUCCGUCACAGCAGCGCAAACGCCCACGCUCGCCAUCUCCCAACCGAUCACCGUCAACAGAACGCAAAAAGCGUCCCAAGACCCCAGAGCCAGAGACACAGCUACCCGUCCGGGACCCCGAAUCACCAUCUCGAUCUCCAACCCCAGAUGCCCCAGCCGCAAAAGAGUCCAAGCUGUCGCGGACAAAUGCCCAGAUCGCCGAUCUAAUGGCAUCCAUGCGCCGCGACAUCAAGACCGGUCCAAAGGACACAGGCCGCAAGAAGUCCGCGCUCGAAGUCAUGAUCCCCGAAACCUCAAUCCGAGGACGAAAACGACCCCCUCCGGGAACUGCCAAUGGCUCCAGUCGCAACGGCACAGGCCCCAGCAACGCAGCAGAGCGAGAAGCUCUUCAGCUCUUCAACGCUUUCAAAGCCAAGCUCGAAGGGGCCAAACCCGAGCCCACCCCAGCAUCAAAUAAAUCCCACGCGGAUACCCACACGCAAAAUCAAGACGAGGAAGAAGACGAAGAAGCUCAGCUUUGUGAUCUGCACUUCAUUGCGAACUGCCAAUCCUGCCAGACUUGGGACAAUCCAGCUGAGACUGCAGAUGAUAAACAAGACGAUGGAGGCUGGCUUUCGCACGAGCUGCACUUUGGAAAAGACACGCUAGGCAAAGACUUGCAAUGGAAGCGUGAGCAUGGUGCCGAGGCAGAUUCCCUUAUGGUUAUUGACCCUCGCGAAAAAGAGAAGGAGGUCGUUGGGCGGAAGAAGGGGUUCCAGCGAGAUAGGGAGCGUGAGCGUAAGCGCGAGCGCGUCGGUGAUUUGGAGUGGGACAAGGGCCGCUGA